GGCAUGCUGCGAGCGACGCUGAGGCUGCUAAGUCGUGCGCGGCCCUGGGGGCCUGGCGCGAGGCAGCUGUGGGGCCGCAGUGCCUGUCCGGAGGCCACGAGGAGCCGGCGAGCCUGGGGCUGGGGGUGGCGGCACUCGAGCUCCGAGCCGGGGCCGGGGCGCGUGGAGGCGGCGCACUACCAGCUCGUCUACACCUGUAAGGUGUGCGGGGCUCGGUCCUCUAAGCGCAUCUCCAAGCUGGCCUAUCACCAGGGCGUGGUCAUCGUGACCUGCCCCGGCUGCCGGAGCCAUCACAUCAUCGCCGACAACCUGGGCUGGUUCUCGGACCUGGAGGGCAAGAGGAACAUCGAAGAGAUCCUGGCGGCCAGAGGGGAGGAGGUGCGCCGAGUGGCUGUGGAGGGGGCCCUGGAACUGGUUUUGGAGGCUGCAGGGGCCCCCACAUCCACUUCUCCGGAAGCGGGUGAGGACGAGGACCGCAGCCACCCUGGUAAGGCGGAGCCCAGCUGACUCCCACGCUUGCUGGCGCCGUGGGACUUACGCCUUCCGGAAGGAUGUUUUGACCCUGGGCCUCCCUGGAUGUGGCCUGUUUUCUAUCAAUAAACAGAUGUCAUUUCCA